CCCACCCCAGAUGCUUCGCCAGCACCGCCGAGCAUCGCUCGAAACCGGCCAACCCCACACCACCCAAACCCAGCCAUUGGAAUUGGCACCCGGAUUUUACUGUCGGAUCCUUCCCUUCGCCGUCGGUUGAGUUACCUGGCAAUCGCCCGCCUGCCGGAAUCUUGAAUCGUCCGCCGCCGCCGUCCGACGACGACGACGACGGUCUGUGCCGGCUGCUUGCCGCCUGAGGAGGUUGGGUUCUUGACUGGUUUUGUGGGGGUGGGCGGUGGAAAGAUCCGAUAUUCUGGCGGGGGCGUGGGGGAUGGAUCGGGACGAGCGCCUCCGCCGCGCGCUGGCGGCGUUCGGGGGCGGCGGCGUGUGGGAGCUGGUGGACGCGGCGCUGGGCUGCGCCUCGCGCGACCGCCCCGACGAGCUGCGGGCGCGCCGCGACGGCAUCGUGGAGCGGCUCUACUCCGCCGCCGCCGGCUGCAGCAACUGCGGCGGCGGCGGCGCGACGGCGUCGCCUUCGCCGCGUGGGGCGGAGGAGGAGGAGGACGAGGAGGAGGCGGGGGUUGGCGCCGGCGACGAGGAGGACGGACUCGAGAUCAAGAUCCUGGCCAUCAAGGACUUCUUGGAGGACCAAGACCAGUCGGAGGACGAGCUGCUGAGCUUGCUGCAGACCCUGGCAGACAUGGACAUCACGUACAAGGCGCUCCAGGAGACAGACAUCGGCCGCCAUGUGAAUGGCCUGCGUAAGCACCCCUCCGGUGAAGUCCGGCUACUAGUCAAGCAGCUCAUCAGGAAGUGGAAGGAGAUAGUGGACGAUUGGGUGCGCCUGCACAACAAUUCCAGCGGUGACGGCGGCAACUCGAUCAUCACUGAUGGUGACUCCCCGGAGAAAAUCCAAGGCAAGUGCCAGCAAAGCUCUCAGGUUUCAGAGUUCAAGUAUUCCCCCAGCCCAAAUAGGCAUUAUAAUUCAAGCUCAGAGAGGGUUACCAAUGGGAUUGCGUCGAUAGCAGCAGUAAAACAUAGACCAAGCCCUGUGCCAGUGCAUCAUAAUGCCAGGCAGAUCAGCAACACCCACCAUUCUACCACUACAUCUUCUGCUCCAGCUAGGAUGGUGAAGGAACAGAAGGACAGUCCUCUUGACCUUGAAAGGUUGGAUUCCGCAAGGAAGAGGCUCCAGGAAAAUUACCAGGAAGCACAAAAUGCGAAAAAACAGAGGACGAUACAGGUGAUGGACAUCAAUGAAAUACCGAAGCCGAAGAAUAGAAAUGCUUUCAUCCGCAAGAGCAAUGGGAGUAGUGGGUUCCCAGCAAGGCACCGGUGACAUUGCAUUAUGCGGAAACCCAGAUUUCAAAUUUGUUUCUUACAAAGUGCACUGGAGAAACGAAAAAAAGUGGGAAAAACCAGUCUCUUUUCUUCAUGUGUUAUGUAUUGGCUAGCUUCAACUUCAAUGUGAUAUUUGUCAUGUACAUGAGAGGGAUGGGAUGGUUAAUUGGUUAUGGUUUUUGCUGGAGAAAUAGAAAUUAAAAUGUUGCCAAUGCUUGCACUGCUUGUUUAAUCACCUUUAGCUUUGGUUCUUCUGUUACUAGUAUUUUUCCUUUUUUUUCUGCUUUGUCCCCAAUUUAUACUCCUUUAAAUGAAAAUAGUGGCACUGGAAAU